AUGUCUGUACUUCGAAAGAAAUUUGGGGACGAUUAUCAGGUAGUGACCACCUCAUCAAGCGGGUCUGGAUUCAGCCAGCCUCCCCCGGAGAAAAAGAGGAAGAGGCAACGCUUCGUGGACAAGAACGGGCGAUGUAACGUCCAGCAUGGGAACCUGGCUGGUGAAACCAGUAGAUACCUCUCAGACUUAUUCACAACACUAGUAGAUUUGAAAUGGCGCUGGAAUCUAUUUAUCUUCAUCCUCACCUACACCGUUGCGUGGCUCUUCAUGGCAUCCAUGUGGUGGUGCAUCGCGUACAUCAGAGGAGACCUCAACAGAGUGCACAAUGACAAGUACACUCCAUGUGUGGCCAAUGUCUAUAACUUUCCUUCCGCCUUUCUCUUCUUCAUAGAGACCGAGGCCACGAUAGGAUAUGGUUACAGAUACAUCACAGACAAAUGCCCCGAGGGGAUCAUUCUCUUUCUUUUCCAGUCGAUCCUCGGAUCAAUUGUCGAUGCCUUUUUGAUCGGCUGCAUGUUUAUCAAGAUGUCUCAGCCCAAGAAAAGGGCCGAGACGUUGAUGUUCAGUGAACACGCAGUGAUUUCUAUGCGAGAUGGAAGACUAACUCUCAUGUUCAGGGUUGGCAACCUGCGUAACAGCCACAUGGUCUCCGCACAGAUCCGCUGCAAAAUACUGAAAUCUCGCCAGACGCCCGAGGGCGAGUUUCUUCCACUGGAUCAGUUGGAGCUGGACGUGGGUUUCAACACUGGGGCAGACCAGCUCUUCCUCGUCUCCCCACUCACGAUCUGCCAUGUGAUUGACACCAAAAGCCCCUUCUACGACCUCUCCCAGAGGUCCAUGCAAACAGAUCAGUUUGAAAUUGUGGUGAUUCUGGAAGGAAUAGUAGAGACAACAGGGAUGACCUGCCAAGCGAGGACAUCUUACACCGAGGAUGAGGUUCUGUGGGGACACCGCUUCUUCCCGGUUAUCUCCUUGGAGGAAGGCUUCUUUAAGGUGGACUACUCUCAGUUCCACGCUACAUUCGAGGUUUUCUCCACUCCACACAGCGUGAAGGAGAAGGAGGAGGCUCUGCUCCUCUCCUCGCCCCUCAUGUGCAACAGUGGGGACAAGCACAGCUCUCUGAACUGCCUGGAGGACAAUGACAGCACCAACAAGCUGUCCGCCAAGCUCCAGAAGAUCACAGGGCGGGAGAACCUGCCCAAGAAGCUACUGAGGAUGAGCUCCACCACCUCGGAGAUGACUUACAGCUUUGGAGACCUGCCCAUGAAGCUGCAGCGAAUCAGCUCUGUUCCAGGCGUCUAUGACGAUAAGCUGAUGGGUAAGACCUCCAAGAUCAGCACGGAGCCCAUGAGUAAGUCCGUGGCGGACUUACCUCCCAAACUUCAGCGACUGGCUGGGGGAGGAGGGGGCCGGAUGGACGGACACCUGCCACCCAAACUCAGAAAGAUGAAUUCAGAUCGCUUUACAUAGAGCAGGCAAAAUAUUUUAAACUUAUGCCACCUUUGUUUCCCUCCCUGAAGUCCUUCUACUAUCCCUAAUUUAUUAAUGGACAAUAUUCUUAUAUGAAAGGAAAUGUAGAAAAUGUGCACAUAUACCUUAUAUGAAGUAGGGUGAUGGGUGUGUACAUACUAUGAAAGACCUCUGAUAUUUUUUUUAGGAAGAUGUACAAUUAGCACAAUCUGGCAUGAAAGAAAUCGUGCAUGUAGAGCAGAAUCUCACUAAUUUUUGGCAUGACAGUUAUUGGUAUAUUAUUUUGCAAAAACAAUUGCAUCUGUGAUUUUACAGACGGUGAACAAUUGCACAAAGCCAUAUAAUUUACUACGUGAAAAACCUACAUUACAUGGUUCUAAUUUGUGGUGAUGAACAGCACACACAUUUGUUUUGAGUUGAUUGCUUUUGUUGUUUAAUGUAAAAUUGUGACAAUGUUACGUUGAUUGCAUGCUCCUCUUAUUGACUUAGCUAUACAAAGGUAAUAGACAACAAUAUUUAGCCUUAAUUAUAUUACCU